AUGGGGGGGGAAGAGUCAAGACCCCAUUCCCAUCCUUACAUGGCUUUUCUGGAUGUCAAAAGUUGUAAUAUAUGGUACAUCUGUGGUGGGUUCCUGAUUCGCAGUGACUUUGUGAUGACAGCAGCCCAUUGUGAAGGAGACUUUAUCACAGUCAAACUUGGAGCACAUAACAUCAACAAGAGAGAAGAGACUUGGCAGAUCCUUAAAGUCAAGCAUCAAUUUGUUCACCCAGAAUAUAAUGGCAUAAGGUUUCUCAAUGACAUCAUGUUACUACAGCUGGAAAAGGAAGCAAAGCUGACAACAGCAGUGAAUACUCUCUCCCUAGCCUCAAGAUUUGAUUCUAUCUCACCUGGGCAAGAAUGUCUAGCAGUUGGCUGGGGAUGGACAGGACCAAAGGGUCUGCCAUCAGACACUUUACAUGAGGUGGAACAGACACUAACGAAUCCCAGUGACUGCAAAAUGUCUUUUGACUCUUUUGAUGAGAGAUCCCAGUUGUGUGCUUAUCCUACCUGCUGCUGA